GCGGGCGGGGCUCGAUGCGGGCGCCCCGCGGCCUGGCACUGCCCGCUCCCCGGCGCCGCGAGUCCCCGCGAGCGCGAUCGACGGAAAGCCAUGUUGCCCAACACCGGGAGACUAGCAGGAUGCACGAUUUUUAUCACAGGUGCAAGCCGAGGCAUCGGCAAGGCUAUUGCACUGAAAGCAGCCAAGGAUGGAGCAAAUAUUGUCAUUGCUGCAAAGACCACCCAGGCACACCCCAAACUUCCAGGCACAAUCUAUACUGCUGCUGAAGAGAUAGAAGCAGCUGGAGGGAAGGCCUUACCCUGUGUCGUCGAUGUGCGAGACGAACAGCAGAUCAGCAGUGCGGUGGAAAUGGCAGUGGAGCGAUUCGGAGGAAUUGAUAUUUUGGUGAACAAUGCCAGUGCUAUUAGCUUGACCAACACGUUGGAAACGCCUACGAAGAGAGUGGAUUUGAUGAUGAAUGUCAACACCAGAGGCACUUACCUUACGUCCAAAGCAUGUAUUCCUUAUCUGAAAAAGAGCAAAGUCGCUCAUAUCCUCAACCUCAGUCCACCACUGAACCUGAAUCCACUAUGGUUCAAACAGCACUGUGCUUACACUAUUGCUAAAUAUGGCAUGUCCAUGUGUGUGCUUGGUAUGGCAGAAGAAUUUAAAGGUGAAAUUGCAGUCAACGCAUUAUGGCCUAAAACAGCCAUCCACACAGCCGCAAUGGAUAUGCUGGGAGGCUCUGGCGUUGAAAGCCAAUGUAGGAAAGUUGACAUUAUUGCAGAUGCUGCAUAUUCCAUUUUCAAAAAGCCCAAGAGUUUUACUGGCAACUUUAUUAUUGAUGAGAAUAUUUUAAAAGAAGAAGGAAUAAAAAAUUUUGAUGUCUAUGCAAUUAAACCAGGCCACCCGUUGUUACCAGAUUUCUUCUUAGAUGAGUUCCCAGAUACCGUUACCCAGAAAACGGAAUCACGUGGCGCUGCUCCGGAACCAAAGGAAGAGAAAGCGAAGCCAGCACCCAAGCGAGGAUCCGGAGCUGUGGAGGAGACAUUUAGAAUUGUUAAGAACUCCCUCAGCGAUGACAUUGUUAAAGCCACACAAGCCGUCUAUCUGUUCGAGCUCUCAGGUGACGAUGGGGGAAAGUGGUUUCUGGAUCUGAAAAACAAAGGUGGGAACGUUGGCUCUGGAGAACCCUCCGACCGGGCAGAUGUGGUGAUGAGUAUGUCUACUGAUGAUUUUGUAAAAAUGUUUACAGGGAAACUAAAACCAACAAUGGCAUUCAUGUCUGGAAAAUUGAAGAUAAAAGGAAACAUGUCCCUGGCAAUCAAAUUGGAGAAACUAAUGAAUCAGAUGAAUGCCAAGUUGUGAAGGAAAAGAGAAAAAUAUGUUGAUCACUAAGCUCAAAAAAGUAAAAGGGCUCGACAGUUAAAAUCUAAUGUUUGUUUUCUUCCCCAAUGAAUGUAUUAUAAGGAUAUGCAUGUUUGUUCUGGAAAAAAGAAUAGAAUUUCUGUACCUAUAAGACUUGAAAUUUUAAUUAAAACAAUUGCCUAAUCAAAUGUAAGCUUCAUUAAGUGGAUUUCUAAGACACUUCUGAUUUAUAUUUUGUUAAGUUUUGCCCUCUGAACCUCUUUUAAUACCUUCCUCUAGAAAAAGUAUUUUGAACAACUAAUCAAGGUCAAACAGUCAAAUUGGCUCUAGUCAAAUCUUGUUAUGUAAAACGAGACUGGUCUGUUUCUAAGUGUUUGGGUUUGAACUAUAUACCAGUAAAAAUCUUAAUGACAUUUUAUAUAUUUUAAAGAAGAUCUUCGAUGCAUUUUUAUAGAACUCACAUAAUAAACUACUUAGUAUUAUUUGUGAGGACUAAGGAGUUUUUAAUUUUGUUAACUAGCUUUCCAGGUGUAGUUUACCUAUGAGAAAAUAUUACUAAUGUAAAUUAGCUAAUUGCAGUAUGCAUUCUGUUUUGAAACACUAAAAUAAAUUGAAAUCCUUCAGAAGUAUGCACUUGGUCACAGUAUUUUAAAACCACUAAAAUCGAUGGUUGUUGCAGGCUGAAUUUAUGCCUCUGAGAAUAAAUUGGUAUAUGGAAACCCUAGGCGCUAGUAUCUAAGAAUGCAAGAAUGUGACUCUACAUUUUUUUUUUUUUAGUGAAGGAUUUUUUUUUUUUUUGCCACACCUGGUGGUUCUUACUGCUUACUCCUGCUCUGUACUCAGGGGCCACUUCUGGCAGGGCUCAGGAACCAUAUGGGAUACUGGAAAUUUAGCCUGGAUUGGCCACUUGCAAAGCAAAUGUCCUCCUUGUUGUACUAUGGCUCCAGGCCCUCAAGAUAGUUUUUAUUGAACAACUUUUCCUUAGAAAGAUGUAAGGUAGGGAAAGAAAGAAAGAAAUAUGUGUUCAAGAGAGAAUACAGACUUCUCUUAAGUGGAAAGAAAAGCUAUUUUUGUUGUUGCUGUACUGUUUAUUUUUGUGCCAUGCCCAGCAGUGCUCAGGACUUACCCCUGGCUCUGCACUCAGGGAUUAUUUUGGCAGUGCUUAGAGGAGGUGUCAGGCCUGGAAACCGAGGGCCAGUCUACCCACUGUACUGACUCUCUGCCUCCAGAAUGAGGUUCUUUUUUAAGGUGAGACCUUUAUGUAAUUUGGUGAUUAUUAUUUUUUUCUUCUUGGGCUUUUGGACCAUGCCACGUGGCCCUUGAAGACUACUCCCAGUUCAGUCCCAUCAGAGGUCAGCAGUGGAGCGUGCAUGCUCAGAUGGGUCCAGGACACCCACACCUCACCCCUUGCGUGCAGAGCUUACUGAGCAACUAAGUUAAAAUUAGGCUUUCAGGGUUGCCCUGUUUGGGUCUGACUGAUGUCCUUAUAAGAUGAGUUUGGACCCAAAAGAAGCUGGGGAUGAGCAGAGACAGCAAGCCCAUAAGAAGAUGCCGCAGGAUGGCAGGCCUCAGAGGAAGCCAGAUCUGCCUUCUUGAUAGUCUCCAGAACUGUGCAAAAUAAAUGUCUCUUGGUUUAGCCA